GGAGUGGAGGCAGUGGGGGUGAGGGGAACAGGGAGGAGGUGGAGAAGACAGCAGGGGCAGCAGGGUAACUGGGGCAGAAGGAGCCCCCAACCCACCCCAGGGCAGGCCGGGAGUCAUAAGGAGAGGGGACAACAGGAAGGGGCGACAAACGGGGAGGAGGAAACGGAGGCGGAGGGGCAGCGAAGUGGAGCAGGGAGGGUCGCAGUGUGAACAAGAGGAGAGGGAGGAAGGGUCAAGGUGGAGGGAGGAGAGGGGAGAGUCAGGGAGAAACAGCUGCAGGGGAGGCACGGGGAGGAAGGCUUAGGGGUAGGGGAAGGGAGAGGGGAGUUGAAAAUUAGGGAGGAGGUAGUAGGGUCUGGGUAGUGAGCGGAGGAACAGGAAGGGUAGGGCAAGAAAGGGAGAGGGGACAGGAGGGAAGGGUGGGCCAAAGCGGUGAGAAAGGAGGGCCAGCCAGUUGGGUGGGGGAGAGGGCCGAGGCCCGGGGGCAGGAGUGCAGGGCUCUGAGGCGGGGAGAGGAGAGCCGAGGGGGGCCCAGCCCGGAGCCAGGAUGCCCGCGCCGCGCACCCGGGAGCAGCCCCGCGUGCCCGGGGAGCGCCGGCCGCUGCUGCCUCGCGGCGUGCAGGGCCCUCGACGGUGGCGGCGGGCGGCGGGCGCGGCGGUGCUGCUAGUGGAGAUGCUGGAGCGCGCCGCCUUCUUCGGCAUCACUGCCAACCUCGUGCUCUACCUAAACAGCACCAACUUCAACUGGGCGGGCGAGCAGGCGUCGCGCGCCGCGCUGGUAUUCCUGGGCGCCUCCUACCUGUUGGCGCCCGUGGGCGGCUGGCUGGCCGACGUGUACCUGGGCCGCUACCGCGCGGUCGCGCUCAGCCUGCUGCUCUACCUGGCCGCCUCGGGCCUGCUGCCCGCCACCGCCUUCCCCGACGGCCGCAGCUCCUUCUGCGGAGAGAUGCCCGCGUCGCCGCUGGGACCCGCCUGCCCCUCGCCCGACUGCCCGCGAGCCUCGCCCAGCCCCUACUGCGCGCCCGUCCUCUACGCGGGGCUGCUGCUCAUCGCCCUGGCCGCCAGCUCCGUCCGGAGCAACCUCACCUCCUUCGGUGCCGACCAGGUGAUGGAUCUCGGCCGCGACGCCACCCGCCGCUUCUUCAACUGGUUUUACUGGAGCAUCAACCUGGGUGCUGUGCUGUCGCUGCUGGUGGUGGCUUUUAUUCAGCAGAACAUCAGUUUCCUGCUGGGCUACAGCAUCCCUGUGGGCUGUGUGGGCCUGGCAUUUUUUAUCUUCCUCUUUGCCACCCCUGUCUUCAUCACCAAGCCCCCCAUGGGCAGCCAAGUGUCCUCUAUGCUUAAGCUCGCUCUCCAAAACUGCUGCCCCCAGCUGUGGCAACGACACUUGGCCAGGUCCCACAGAGACCGUCAAGGUGCCCGCCUGCUGCCUGACCAGAGGUCUCCCCAGCCUGGGGCUUCCCCACAAGAGGACAUCACCAACUUCCAGGUGCUGGUGAAGAUCUUGCCCGUCAUGGUGACCCUGGUACCCUACUGGAUGGUCUACUUUCAGAUGCAGUCCACCUACGUCCUGCAGGGUCUUCACCUCCACAUCCCAAACAUUUUCCCAGCCAGCCCGUCCAACAGCUCCAUGGCCCUGAGAGCCCAGGACAGCAGCUAUACGAUCCCGGAAGCCUGGCUCCUCCUGGCCAACGUCGUGGUGGUGCUGAUUCUGGUCCCUCUGAAGGACCGCUUGAUCGACCCUCUGCUGCUGCGGUGCAAGCUGCUUCCAUCUGCUCUGCAGAAGAUGGCUCUGGGGAUGUUCUUUGGUUUUACCUCCGUCAUUGUGGCAGGAGUCCUGGAGAUGGAGCGCUUACACUACAUCCACCACAACCAAACCGUGUCCCAGGAGAUUGGGGAGGUCCUGUACAACGCGGCACCACUGUCCAUCUGGUGGCAGAUCCCUCAGUACCUGCUCAUUGGGAUCAGCGAGAUUUUUGCCAGCAUCCCAGGCCUGGAGUUUGCCUACUCAGAGGCCCCGCGCUCCAUGCAAGGCGCCAUCAUGGGCAUCUUCUUCUGCCUGUCGGGGGUGGGCUCACUGUUGGGCUCCAGCCUAGUGGCACUGCUGUCCUUGCCUGGGGGCUGGCUGCACUGCCCUGAGGACUUCGGGAACAUCAACAACUGCCGGAUGGACCUCUACUUCUUCCUGCUGGCUGGCAUUCAGGCUGUCACGGCUCUCCUAUUUGUCUGGAUCGCUGGACGCUAUGAGAGGGUGUCCCAGGGCCCAGCCUCCCACAGCUGUUUCAGCAGGGACAGGGGCUGAACACACCGCAUUCCAGCCCCUUUGCUUCACUCCACCAGACAGACAGCAGCAGUCCCGGCUCUGGUUUCCUUCUCGGUUUAUUCUGUUAGAAUGAAAUGGUUCCCAUAAAUAACGGGCAUGAGCCCUUCCUCA